GGAUGCAUCUCUCUUUGUGACUAGAUAAUGAUGCAAUGUGUGGCUAGAUUGGAUGUGGCAAUGUUCAAUGCUAUUCUUCGUGAAUCUGAUGAUGACAUUCCAACUGAUCCUGUAUCUGACCCUGUUAGUGAUGCCAAGGUUCUCCCUAUUCCAGCAGGGAAAGCAAGCUUUGGGGCUGGUGCACUACUUAAAAAUGCGAUUGGGAACUGGUCUAGAUGGCUUACUGACCAGUUUGGUAUUGAUGAUGACGACUCAUUUAAUGACAAGAAUGAUCAUGAUAAUGAUGACGACGACGAGAGCAAAGACUAUGAUGCGUCCUUCAAGUCAUUCCAUCUUCUAAAUGCAUUGAGUGACCUCAUGAUGCUUCCGAAGGACAUGCUCUUAAGCAGGUCAAUCAGAAAAGAGGUAUGUCCUACAUUUGGUGCACAACUGAUCAAGAGGGUACUCGAAAAUUUUGUCCCAGACGAAUUUUGCCCCGACCCACUUCCUGAGGUUUUGUUUGAAGCUCUGGAUUCUGAGGACCUUUUUGAGGCUGAGGAAGGUUUUGUCACGGACUUCCCGUGCAGCGCAACUCCAAUAGUCUAUUUACCACCACCAGCAAUUUCAGUUGCUGGUAUUAUCAGAGAGAUUGGAAGCCAAUCCCAGCUGACAAGAAGUGGGUCCUUGGUGCUGAGGAAAUCGUACACUAGUGAUGAUGAGCUUGAUGGAUUGGAUUCACCCUUAACUGCAAUUAUCGACAGCCCUCUGGCUUCUUCACCUAUUUCAACUAAACCCUGCUGGUUAUCCAAGGAAAAUGGUAGUCAAAAUGCUGUCAGGUAUCAGCUUCUUCGUGAGAUCUGGAUGACUAGUGAGUAGCAGUAAUGGACUUCGUAGAUUUGGUUCAUCCCAUAGUUGAAACAUCAGACAGCCUGUAGGGUUUAGCUUGAUAUCGUAGGAAAAGUGCAGUUAUAAUGCUGUGUAGAUGCAGAUCCCUUUGGCAAGGCAUAGACGAAUAAUGAGUAGCUAGCUAUAUGUAUAUGACAUGUAUGCAACAGUGCAUAAAUAAUUGGGAUCACUAUUUUAGUUGUAGAGCUGUGCUAGGUUUCUUUGUUGAUCGAUGUACUUUUCUUGAUUGUAUAUAUGAAAAUGCUGGUUUGAGAAAUUUGCCAAGUUACCU